UCAAAUACUGUAUUGAAUUAUGAAGUUGUUGACUCAUACAUGUUCUUUUGGUUUCUUUUCCAGCUUCAUGUUCCCUGUAGCAGGCAGCAUUGGCCCUCCUCAAGGUUUGAUUCCCAUGCAACAGCAAGGUUUUCCAAUGAUGUCUGUCAUGCAGUCCAAUAUGCCAGGCAUGAUGGGAAUGAAUUAUGGCUCUCAGAUGUCUCCUGGACCUAUGACCAUGCAGGGUGGCAUGCCCCUAGGACCCAUGUCAGCAACUGGAAUGCCUUACAUGGGACAGGCUCCUUUCUUAGGAAUGCGUCCAGCUGCUCCACAAUACACGCCUGACAUGCAGAAACAAUUUGCAGAAGAACAACAGAAAAGAUUUGAGCACCAGCAAAAAUUCUUGGAAGAAGAAAGAAAACGGCGCCAAUUUGAAGAGCAGAAACAAAAGUUGAGACUCCUAAGCAGUGUAAAACCGAAGGCAGGUGAGAAGAGCCGAGAUGAUGCUUUGGAAGCCAUUAAAGGAAACUUAGAUGGGUUUUCCAGAGAUGCUAAAAUGCACCCCACCCCAGCAUCACAUCCCAAAAAGCCAGAUCACCCCUCACCAUCCCAUCCUACUGUAACUGUCUUUCAACCCUCUGCUUUUCUUGAUGAUGACGAAUUUAGUGACUUUAUACAAGGGCCCGUUGAAGCCCCAACACUGGUGCCUCAACUCUCUUCCCAGCCUUUUCAGUCUUUCCAGCCUACCACUGAGGGUGGGCAGCUGCUUUCAGAAAAGGCUGUGGUCCAACUUCUCCCUUCAGUCCAGCUUCCAGUGUCAUCCGUCCUGCAUGGUACCAUUGGGCAGGUUCCUUAUUUCUCUACCUCUUCAUCUUCACUCAAUACCCAUAAAACAGGCUCUUCCUUGGAGGAGAAGCUCUUAACUUAUGAUUUAAAUGAAUCUGGACAGGCUCAAAUCAAACUUAAACCAUCUGAAGUUGGGCACAAAGCCGCAACCUCAGCUGCAAGCCAAGUUCAUCCCAGUUUAAUCGUGACUAGCAGGGAUAUUGUAGGUGGAUGUGGAAGUGGUACCACUGCUACAGAGGCACCCAAGGCUUCAGAACAAAACAUAGCAGUUGAAGAGUGUGGUGUUGGAGUGUUCCCUUCACAGGACCCAAUCCAGCAGAUGAUGCCACCUUGGAUUUACAAUGAUAGCUUGGUUCCAGAAUUAUAUAAGAAAAUUUUAGAAAACACUAUGACUGCUACUGGAAUAGAUACUGCUAAACUCUAUCCCAUUUUGAUGUCAUCUGGACUUCCCAGAGAAACCCUUGGACAAAUAUGGGCUUUAGCCAACCGUACCACACCUGGGAAACUUACAAAAGAAGAACUUUAUACUGUCCUGGCUAUGAUUGCAGUAACUCAGAGAGGAGUACCUGCAAUGAGUCCUGACGUUUUAAACCAAUUUCCAACUGCCCCUGUCCCUACUCUAAGUGGAUUUCCAAUUUCAUUACCUGCUACAGUGAGUCAGCAGCCUAUGAUGCCCUCUGGACCACCAGUCUCCAUGCCUCUGAACAUUGGACAAGCAGUCAUAGGAUUAAACAUAACAACACCAGUGGGUGGAGCUACAACACAGGUUUCUAGUGGUUUCAUGCCAUCUUACCCCACAAAUCAGGUAGUAAAACCAGAAGAUGAUGACUUCCAGGAUUUUCAAGAUGCUUCGAAGUCUGGUUCGCUUGAUGAGUCUUUCACUGACUUCCAAGGGGAGGUAACUGGAUCAUCCAAACCAAUCGGUUCUCAGCACCGGAGCAGUGUUCCUUCUUUGCUAAUGCCACUAUCUGGCACUAAAACACCAUCUUCAACUGAUAAAUACGCUGUGUUUAAAGGAAUUGCUGUUGAUAAGCCUUCUGAAAGUGCAGCUACACUUGGAGAUGGUGGAGACAAGUACAGUGCUUUCCGAGAAUUAGAACAGCCAUCAGAGAGUAAAUACCUAGGAGGAGAUAGCUUUGCAGAAUUCAAAUCUGCAGGAGCUGAUGAUGGAUUCACAGAUUUCAAAACCGCUGACAGUAUCUCGCCACUAGACCCACCUGCAAAAGAGAAAACUUUCCCUCCAUCCUUCUCUUCCCUUCCUAUCCAGUCAAAGCAACAAGUGCAAGCAAAAUCCUCUCUGAAUCUGGAAGACUUAGAUCUCUUUUCCUCCCCUGGAGAGAACAAAACGCUUCCAUUUCCACCUGCCUUUAGUUCUUCAAAAUCAGCCUCUUUCCCUGCACCCCCGCCUCCAACAUCUACUGCUCAACUAGCACCCAGUAAAAGCUCAAGCCUGGCUGAUGACUUCGGAGAGUUCAACCUUUUUGGAGGGUUUCCAAAUUGUGCGUCAGCUGGGGCACAAGAUGACUUUGCGGAUUUUAUGGCUUUCAAUAACAGUAGUGGCUUUUCUGAACAAAAAACAGAUGACAAAUACAAUGCUCUAAAACAAGAGCCCAGUCCUGGUCCUUCAACCAGUUCUUCUCUGAGUGCGAUGAAGACUGGGCAGAAUUGUGCUGCUGCUCCCACUAAAUAUGAUAUCUUCAAGCAGCUUUCUCUGGAGGGCGCUGGCUUGGGCUAUGAGGAGCUGAAAGACAACACCCCUUCUUCUGUGAAAAGUGAUGACGACUUUGCUGAUUUCCACUCUAACAAGUUUUCUUCCAUGUGUAAUAAUGCCGAUAAAUCCCUGGUAGACAAAGUAGCAGCAUUCAAACAGGCUAAAGAAGACUCUGCUUCUGUCAAGUCUCUGGAUCUCCCUUCCAUUGGUGGCAGCAGCGUGGGCAAGGAGGACUCUGAAGACGCCCUUUCUGUUCAGUUUGACAUGAAACUGGCUGAUGUGGGAGGAGAUCUUAAGCAUGUCAUGUCUGAUAGCUCUUUGGAUUUGCCAACAGUUAGUGGCCAGCACCCUCCAGCAGCAGAUAUAGAUGACUUAAAAUGUGCCCAGUUUGGAAACUAUAACAGCGGCUCUGCGGUAAGCAGCCUCGCAAGCUAUGAGUGGCCAGACAAAGAAGACAUUCCUCAGAGCAAGAAGCCCUCUUCCUUUAGCCCAGGGAGUGGAUUUUCCUCGGCUACCUCAGUUCUGCAGAAGAAGGAGACUUUGUUUGGCAGUUCGGAAAACAUUACCAUGACGACAGUUUCCAAAGUGACCACCUUUUUUAGCGAGGAAGCUUUACAGGACGUUGCGUUCACAGCCUUUGCAAACUUCAAAGAACCUGGCCCUACAUCCAGUGGUCAGAGUGAUGAUGAUGUUGGAGACUUUGCAAGGCCGUUAUCAGAAGCACAGGAUACAGCUGCAGUUGAUGGAAGCCAAGCGGUUGACUUAGCCCCCGGUGGCAUCUCCUCUGAACCACCAAAAGAGUGCACAGAUGACUUUGGAGAAUUUCAAAGCGAAAAGCCUAAAAUCAGCAAAUUUGACUUCUUGGUGGCCACGUCGCAAGGCAAGGUGAAAUCUAGCGAAGAAAUGAUCAAGAGUGAACUUGCUACCUUUGACCUCUCUGUUCAAGGGUCUCAUAAAAGGAGCUUGAGUCUAGGUGACAGGGAGAUAAGCCGCACUUCCCCGUCACCAGCUUUGGAGCAACCUUUUAGAGAUCGCUCCAAUACUCUGAGCGAGAAGCCUGCUUUGCCAGUCAUCAGAGACAAGUACAAAGACCUCACGGGGGAAGUAGAGGAAAGUGAGAGAUACGCAUAUGAGUGGCAGAGAUGCCUGGAAAGUGCUCUACAAGUCAUUAAGAAGGCAAAUGACACCCUAAAUGGAAUCAGUAGUUCAUCUGUUUGCACUGAAGUAAUCCAAUCGGCGCAAGGCAUGGAAUAUUUAUUAGGGGUUGUCGAGGUCUAUCGAGUGACCAAACGAGUUGAACUGGGUAUCAAGGCUACAGCUGUGUGCAGUGAGAAACUCCAACAGCUUCUGAAAGAUAUUGAUAAACUGUGGAACAACCUAAUAAGCUUCAUGUCACUUGCUGCUUUAACGCCAGAUGAAAACUCAUUGGAUUUCUCUUCUUGUAUGCUGCGUCCAGGCAUUAAAAACGCCCAAGAUCUUGCUUGUGGGGUGUGCCUCUUGAAUGUAGAUUCUAGAAGUAAAUUCUCAGCAAGCGUGUGACUAGUGGCCGGUAAGUCUGAAGAGCUGAGGGGAGAAGUUGCAUGUGAGGAGCACUGUGAGAAACGCUCCGAUGCCAAGAUGUAAGGGAACUUGUAAUGAUUUUCCCUUAUGAAACGUGCCAUUGAGGAACGCCAGGAGGGAAGCAAGGAGGGUACUUGGGAGGGGAGCCCGAAAACCAAACUAAUUGCCGACCAGUUCGUAUACGUGGGGACUUCUGUUGACCUUUUGGUUUCGACAUUAUUUCAGAAAGAAGAGAAGCCUGUGGAGGAGCGUCCUAGAAAAGUACGAAGCAGUAAAAUGAUUCUCUUUAUAGAUUCAUCCUCUAAAUUCUGAGUAUGGAAGGCAAGACUGGUGACUAGCCUCCAGCUGUCAUUCUCAAUUGUGCCAAUCAUGAAUCUUUCUCUUAGUCGUCUCUGUGACCAUAACAUUUGAUUUGAUCAACUAACGCAUACUAGAGCCCUCCUGUGUGUCUCAUCUGCAUGCCUGUACCUUGUGAAUAGCUUCCUGUUUUGUGCGACUUUUGUUGCGUAGUAGGCAGUUCAGCGUGGUGAAUUCUUGAACUCUUGUUAGCUGCCUGCAUCUUUGUUGUGGAAGGGGGAACUGCAGCUUGUGUGUGCAGCACUCUUUGACCUGUUUGUCUUUCAAAGUCAUGCUCGACCUAUUGCUUUGGGGUAACAGAAAGGCAACCAUAUGCUUUAGAUAACCAUAGUGGGAGUAUUUGCUAAUGAUUUCUUUUUUUUAAAGAAUAUGUUUUCAUCGGAUAACUGUGAAGUUUUAGAGCCAUGCACCUAUGGAGAAUAAGCAGUGAAAAGCUUCUAGCUGUUUUGUUACUGAACAAGAAAACUCUUUCAUCUUAUCCCAUGGGGACUUAAUCAAAAAAGUACUCUGUAACUUCUUGUUUACCCAGACAUCUGAGCACUGCCUCCUACUAGCAAUGACAACCUGAAACCCCUUCAGGGACUUUUCAGCUUGUUUUAAUAGUUUCACACUCUUUAUUCAGAAAACUCCUCUUAAAGUAGCUGCUUCUUACAGAAGGUGGUGCCAAAUUCAACCCUGGAAUAGCCAGACAUAACUCUGAUGUCAGAAGUUGCACCUUCUUGAAUCACAGCAGAAUUUGCCCUGGUAAAUGAAAUAAACUUGAAGUGCAGUAGUUAUGGGAUGGCCCAGCAAGUUGGUCUCUAAAGUAGGAGGGGAGGCAUGCAAUGAGUUGAAUCAGUUCCCAGGCUUGAGGUCAAACAUAAUACCAAACAGCUCAUUUUGCUCUGUGUGUAGCUACUGGAGUCCACGGCUUAAGCUGUUUCAGUUGAAGACAUUGUCUGCCCAGAUUUCUGCAGGACUGAAAUGGCAUCUUGUUGCUGGCUGCUUUACUUGUGCAGCUGAAGAUGAAAUUUGGGGCAGGCUGCAGGUCUGACAGAUCUGUGCUUUCUUAGGGUGAACACAUGCACAGGGAUCCAGUCAUCUCUUAGUUCUCACAUUGCUGCAUAGAUGGGACUGUCACACUUUCUUUCCAUUUGUAUUCUAGGCCUUUAAUUCGGAAACGGAUAACUUUAAACUGGCUUAUGGUGGGCACCAGUACCAUGCGAGCUGUGCAAACUUCUGGAUCAAUUGUGUGGAGCCGAAACCUCCAGGCCUUAUUUUGCCAGACCUGCUUUGAAAGGACUUGUGCUGAAGACAAACUGUCAGACUGGAGUGACACAUGACCCUUGGAUUAUUGAUGUUGGGGGAUAAGCAUGAAGGCUUUUGGGAGCAGUGGGUGGCGUUUUCUGAAAUGUUCAUUUGUGCAAUUUUCUUGCACUCCAGUAGGUCAAAGCCACUAUAACACAUUCCCCUGUGAAGAAUUUCCCUAGCAAGUUUGAGCCAUGAUUUGAAGUUUCCAGGAAUAACUAGAGAAAUGUGUGCACCGUGGCACAAAACAUGUCAUUUCAGUCUCCCAAGCUGAGGUUGGUUGGCACUUGAUAGCAGACCGCUUUGCUGAUCAUGAUAAAUCAACCUGUGAGGUAAAACAGUUCUUGCCACUUCAGAGAGAGAUCAGAAAUACUAGGCUGUGUACAUUUACACAGAAAAACCACCCCUUAGGCACAUACUUGAAAUGCGUAUUUGCAAGUUAACCUUUCCUUUGCUAAUAUUUUUAACAUGUGGACCAAGAUGUUCUUUCUCUAACUUAUUUGCUGCUACAUAUUGCGAUGCACAACAAGUGUCAGUAAUAUUCAAGGAGAAAGAAGUUACUGACUUGGAAGGAAUCAGAUUGUUAGACUGCAAUGAGCCAUUGUUAAUUUAUAGGAUUAUGGAUUCUGUAUAAUAAUACAUGUUAGUCAUGUACUUAGCUGGCUAAUAUUUAGGAAAAACUGGAAAUACAAUUAUUGUAUGUUUGAAUUUUUUUACCUGUCUCUAGGCUUUAUUACAGGCAGUUGGAUUUUAAAGCUUGCAGUCUUUCCUACCCUACUGUAAAUACUAGACACAUCCCCCUCAGACUUUUCCUAGAACUGCAGGUGGAAGGGGAUACAUUUUCAAAAUGAUGCAUUAUGGAUUUAGCUCCUCAUCUCCCUUAUAUAACUGUACAGCAACAUCACUGCACAUGAUGGUGAAAUUCCUACCCAACGGCUAUCAAAUGUCCGCUGCUGUGUCUUUUACUCUUCGCUGUAAAUGAACGUGCGUUUCUUGAUGGGACUCUUCUUGGCUUAUGUAGUCAAAUGUCUGUAAAGGCUGUUUGCCAAACUCACUAAACUAACAGGACCUGUUUCCCCUGAGUUCGGUGUUCAGAUACACACUGGCUUUUUCAUACUGGGAGUCCGGCGUUCCAGCACUGCGCUAGUACCAAGGACAGUGGCACUCAAUGCAAGUGUUCCUAUUUGGACAGUACGAGGUCAGUGUCUCCAGCUGUCACAAAAAGCUACUCUCAAAGCUAGAAGUUUGCAAUCCCCCCCCUUUUCAGAUUCAACUUCAUGAUAACAGUGCAAAAUAUGAAUAUAAAACAGGUUUGCUAUGAAGAAACCUUUCCAGUUCAGACUGCAGCAAAUGGUGCUUGAACUUAGCUCCUCCGAAUUGCUUGUUGCUUUACUAAGCUAGAGAAUUUUCAGUCCAGUGGAAAUGUGUUUUAUUUUUAAGGGCACUGCCACAGCAAGACUUUAUUAGUUUUGAUUCACAGAGGGCCAGUUGAGAGCCGCUGUUGCAUAGUACAACUGAUUCCAUCAUUCAGUGACUGAUUGUAGUUUCUCAUACAGACCUGGAGAGAAGCUCCCUUCUUUCCAGGAUAUCACUGGCUUCUCAGAGCAAGCCUUGUCUCUGCUGUGAACUGUGGUGAAUUGCUGGUAACAAAAUUACAGGGGUGGGGAAAAACGAUGCUUCACAUAAAAGACUUAGUUAUGUUCACAAAUUAAUUACCCCAGCUGAAAGGAAGGCUCGGCUAAUAAGAAUAAAAGGUGGGUGACCCUUAUUUACAUCAAUUACAAUAAAUUGUCCUAUUGUCAGAAACAGGCGUAUUCGUAUAAUAAAUAAUGUGGUCUCAGACUCGAGCUAAUCAAAUGGCAGCUGUUCAAUAACAGUGAGCACCUACCUUCUGCUGCAGGGUGUUUACUGAAACAAGGUGAUUCCCGUUCGUCUGGCCUGUUUUGUUUUAGUCGGAGGGUCUGCAUGCAGUAGUGUUUAGUGUAGCUCCUUGUGAUAAGAUAAUGGGGUUUUUCAUGACGAUCAAGGACUGCCAUAAAUUUUGUAUCAUUGUCUUGUAUUUACUGUUGGAAAGAACUCCACUGUCUACUAUCCAGCCUAGUAAAUUAGCAGUUUUAGGCCCCAAUCCCCCAAAUUAGGAAGGUGUUUAAGCACCUGAGCAGUCC